UUUAUAAGAAUAUUCCAUGACUAUCGAUUUCCUUUAAAUAAUAAAAAUGCCUCAGAACUAGUUCCGAAAAGGAUUUAACAAUUGACAGAAGUGGUCUCACUCAGGAUUGUUGGAUUGAUAAUGAAGAUCAGAAAGAGAUUCGUAGUUCAUGAACUGAUUAUUUCAUUAACAAAACAGAAGGCUACCGUCCAUUUAUCAAUAUAAUAUUAAAACAUAUAUUUCUCCAUGUAAUGAUAGUCUAAAAAAUCAGUAUCAUUACGGGAAUAUGAAUGCCUGCAAUAAUGUCGGAGCUGCCACCAGAGCUCCUGGCCAAGCCAUUAGCUUUAAUCGGUCUCACAGGCCUAGACUUCUCGAACACAACACACCGUUCAAUCUGGGACGCUUUCCAAAGCAAUCGUCGUCCUGACGAUGUAUCUGUGCGCUUCAAACACCUCCCCUUGAACCACACCUUUCCAACCCCCAAACCCAAACGAAACUCAUACGAAUGGUACAUCCCAAAAGGCAUCCUCAAACGCAACUGGAUGCCAAAAUAUCUCUCCGAAAUUCCUGCAGUAGUCGUCUGUUUUUACGAACUCGACUGGACCGAUCUCAACUGGACCGAGAAGAAGAUGGAGUGCGCUUCCAGAGUACAAGCAAUCAGGUCAGCACUGGAUGGUCGGUCAACGCGAAUAGCAGUUGUCCUCAUUCAGAAGACCCCCUCUCCAACUCCCGAUACAGAGGACAGCGUAGCAACCGAGCGAGCGACUGCCCUUUGCACCGCUUGCGAACUCCCAAACAAAUCCCUCUACAUCCUUCCUCACGGGGAUCACCUCCAAGGAUAUACCUCUCGCUUAGAAAGCGCCUUCUAUGAUCUUGCUCAAAACUUCUAUCACCACCAUCACCGUCUAGUAAAAAGUCACAAGGAUCAACUCAGCAAGACUUCCCAUCAAUAUCUAUUCGUCAGGCACCAGUUCAAGAUUGCUUUUCUGAAUGAACUCCGACAAGAAAAAUUGAUCGCAGUCCACCACUACAAGGCAGCAUACGCAAAUCUCCUCGAGAUUAGGAUGAUUGAUACUAAUACCUUUGAGAUAAAGACAGUUGGCGCCUUCAUAAACUACAAGAUAUGUAAACUUCAGUUCGCCCUGAACCAGCCAAGAGAAGCCAUCAAUCAAUUCCGAACGCACACAGAUAGAUUUCGAUCGAGAACAGGUCCUGAAGACCUCAUCUUCGAACAUCACGCGUUCAUGGCCAAUCAAUACUCAACUUUUGCUGAACUAUUCGACGACGCAAUUCGUCAGGGUCUUCCAGCCGUUCAAACGCAGCAUCCGGGCUAUUAUUUCCAAACAGCUGCCACUCACGCAGGAGCCAGACAAGCAGCUUGCAAGCAACUCUGUGAAGAUGCUGUUCAAGUAGAUCCGGAUCCGCUUGAUGACGAAAUAAAGCUGGAGUUCUAUGGACAAAGGCCAUGGAGGCCUGGCAAACUCUCAGCGGAAUCUGCUGACGCUGCGAAAGAGGCCCUCGGGGUGCAGGCUCUCAAGUGGAGGGAGAAAAAUGAAGAUCACUCGUUGCUCAUCAUCGCACUACUUGGAAAUGCCAUGUCACAGUUCAAGAUGUAUAGGUGCCCGAGGAUGCGGCGGUUUCUGGCCGUACAGAUGGCAGCGGAGUACUACAAUUGCAGAGAUUAUGGGAAAGUAUUGACUCUCCUGACUCACAUGCUCUGGGAGUAUAGGUCUGAGAAGUGGCCGUUGCUCUUGACUGAUGUUUUAAUGAACGCAAUGAGGGCAGCUUUUCUGAAUGCCAGUGUUCAGGACUAUCUGUCACUGAGCAUCGAAGCACUAGGACCCGCCACAAUAUUUCCACCCGAUGAACGGGGUAGAAUCUACACAAAUCUUCUUGGAAUUCUAAAUCGAAAGGUCCCACAGGCUCACCCGAAUCUUCCUGCAGAAGCUGUCGAGGAAGCCAUUGAAAAAUGGGGCUCUGAGUUGAAUCGCCUCGAAGAUUUUGUCUCCACCAUUGAGGACACGAACGUUGCAACUUUUGUGCAGGUCAAAGGGUCCUUCACUGCUACUAGAUUCAGUGUGAGUGGAAAAGUUGGGGUGGAGGUGGUCGUGAAAAAUUUGUUUGAGGUAUCUGUGGAGUUUUCGCAGAUCAUCGUGACGAUUUCGGGCCCUGGCAUGAGCACUGAAGUUCCUAUUGAGAAAAGCGGUGAUGAGGAGUUUGCAUUUGAGGGUGGAGAAUUGAGACGCCUCAAGUGUGAGUUUUCGUCUCCUCAAGUGCCUGAUGGAACGGAGAUCCAGGUGAGCUUGGUGACACUGGUGUUGGGAAAUGAGAAACGCCGAGUUGUUCUGAAGUUCCCGGGAGAUCCUGGCGGAUUGGAUGGUCAAGGCUCCAGGGGGAGCUUUGAGGGGAUCAAGACGAUAAAUAUCGCGCAAAUCAGACACGAAGAGACACCCCUGGUCGUCACUAUCACCUCACAAACACCGGCACUCUUGAGCGAGUGGCUACCGGUGAAUGUCGACAUCACAUCUAAGGAGGAAAUUUCCCAAUUUUCAAUGGAAAUCAAACAAAUUUUUCAGGAUCAUACGACAGAUUCUGCUACCGAGUUGAGUGAAACCAUGACGUCUAAGGAAAAUUCCGUCAUCUUCGGGGUGGAAUCCAUUGUACCUGGACAAACAGUCCAGAAAACAGUUUAUGUAAGGUCUCAUCAGAUGGGGGUUCGAAAUUUUUUGGCGAAAUUCGAAUUUUUGGGAAGUGAUCAGAUGAAGCGAGUGAAGGAGGAGACUCAUACGGUGGAUAUUGUCAAACCUUUUGAUAUUGGGACCCAUUUUUAUAGUAGACUAUUCGAGCCCCUGACCAAGGCUUUUGUGGACGAAGGUUUCCUUGUAAUGCCGAAUAUAGAAUGCACUUCCCCAUGGCCUCUUAAAAUUCUAGAAACUGCCAUCGAACUUGGGAAAGCUUUGAGGGAAGAACCGGGUCCUUCCCGGCUUCUCGAAGGUUUGACAAUAACUGAUGGCGAAUCUGCCACUGACGUCUUCUGCGUCGUUCCAAAAAUAUCAUCGGGACAACCCACGUCCACUGGGGUCUAUACAAUCCGAUGGAAGAGGAACUCCGAGGAAGGUAUUGAAACUAGUACUAGUGUCACGCUAGCACCCCUUUGGGUAGAGGACGCCCCGGUGGGUAUCGAGGCUAAGAUUCCGGCUCAGGGCUGGGUUCGAACUCCCAUGUGUGUUAGCUAUUACCUGAAGAAUCGUUCAGAUUAUCUGAUUACUCUGAAGAUGACAAUGGAGGCCAGUGAUGCAUUUAUGUUUGCGGGCCAGAAACAAGUGGAUAUUUACCUCAGGCCGCAGAAUGAGAGGAAGGUUGAAUGGAUUUUGAGACCUCUGGUGGCUGGUUUCGUCGCCCUACCUACGUUGAAUCUGAGUGUACCGCAAGACGCGGAGCACAAAAUCAGCAGAGGUCGACUGGCAGCAGUUGUAGAAAGAUCUCUGCCCACUCACGUUUAUAUCAUGGUAAUUAAUAAUUAUUUUAACACUUUUCAUCAAAACAGGUGGUGAUGUUGUUUUAUUAUAUCUUUAACAAUUUUUUUUUCAGCCAAAAUGUUUGACAUCAGAGGAACUGUUAGGAUAAACAAAUUUAUCUAUUUUUUUGUAAAUUACCAAUGAAUAAUAGAUGAUGUAAUUAUUACGAAAAUAGUAUUAAAGUUCAAAGAAUUCUCUACAA